AUGAAGGGAAGUGCUGAUGAAGAGCAAAAGGAGAAGAUGCUCCAGUUUUUCGAGCACCUUGCUGUAUGUCACACAGUGAUCCCUGAAAAGCUAGAGCCUGGAGAAGUUCGUCUAUCAGCGUCAUCUCCUGAUGAACAGGCUCUUGUGGCUGGCGCAGCCUUUGCAGGGUUCAAGUUCAAAAGUCGUAGUGUAGGAACUGCGAUGGUGGAGGUUCUAGGAGAACGCGUGACCUAUAAGGUGCUGGACGUGCUCGAGUUUAACAGCACGAGAAAGCGCAUGUCUGUUGUCGUGCGCAAAUCAUCAGGGGAGCUGUUGCUCUACACGAAGGGAGCUGACAUGAUGAUUUAUCAACGCUUGAAGGAUGGCCCUGCAAUGCAAAAACUCAAGAAUAUUACACGAGACCAUAUGGAAAAGUACGCCGACGAUGGCUUGCGUACGUUGGCGCUUGCCAUAAAGAAGCUUGAUCCGCACUGGUUCCAACAAUGGAAGGUGCGAUUCGAUGAUGCACAGGGUAACGUGGCCGAAAUCGACCGACGCAAAGAUGGGAAGCCAAAUGCUAUUGAUGAUCUGAUGGAAGAAAUUGAACAAGGACUGGAGCUGAUUGGAGCGACGGCAAUCGAAGAUAAAUUACAGGAGGGUGUUCCGCAAUGCUUGGCAAAUUUGACGAAAGCUGGCAUCAAGGUCUGGAUGCUUACGGGAGACAAGGAAGAGACUGCAAUUAACAUCUCGUAUGCAUGCUCACUGCUCGGUAACUCGAUUCAGCAAGUCGUUGUAAAUGCCACCACAUGCCCGGAUGAGGAAACGCUCCGUACAAAACUGAAUACAGCAGCUCGUGAGUUUAUGGACAAUGCGAAAGGAAUGGCGGGUGGAACCGAGAAGGAAAUCUCGCUAAUUAUUGACGGCGAGGCAUUGGAGAUGGCGCUUCGUCCUGAAAUCGCGCCACACCUGCUGUCAUUUGCCAAGUUAUGUCGUGCCGUGAUCUGCAACCGUGUAUCUCCUGCUCAAAAGGCAGAGAUGGUGAAGCUUGUAAGGGACAAUAUCACUUCAGUACGAACUCUAGCUAUUGGUGAUGGAGCCAACGAUGUUGCUAUGAUCCAGGCUGCUCAUGUCGGUGUGGGCAUUUCUGGACAGGAAGGUAUGCAGGCAGUGAACUCAAGUGACUAUGCUAUUGCCCAGUUUCGAUUCCUGGAACGGCUGUUGCUUGUUCACGGACGUUGGAACUACAUCCGCAUUUCUAAACUGGUUCUGUACAUGUUCUAUAAGAACAUUACACUUGUCCUGGCGCAGUACUGGUACGGCUACCUAUCGGGCGCUUCUGGAUCAAAAAUGUACUGGGAAAUCGGUGUUCAGCUGUAUAACAUUGCCUUUACGGGUCUGCCUAUUGUCGUGGUGGGUGUUUUGGAUAAGGACUUGCCAGCACCAUUCAGCAUCGAGUACCCGGACUUGUACCGUCGCGGCCCAGAUCGAUUCUUCUUCAACAUGUACACCUUCUUUCGCUGGGUCGCUGCUGCUUUCUAUGAAUCGCUGGUUAUCUUUGUGGUAAUGUCUUAUGGAUUCAACGCGUCCGACAAGGCGGCAGGCAGUGAGUCUCGAGUGGAAUUCGGCAUGAUUGCAUUUUCGCUGACAGUUUUGAUCGUGAACAUUAAGAUUUGGAUGAUCGCGGAUCGAUGGACAGUCCUGUCGUUUUUCUUAUGGUUUGGAAGUAUGAUGGCAUGGUUUGUUUUCGCAACCAUAUGCACCCAGACUCCGUACAUUGCGACAUUUAAUGUCGGCUACGACGAGUAUGGAGCGUUUAUUCCCACUGCCAAAAAUUGGGGAUACCUCCUCGUGCUGAUCAUGGGAUGCGCGUUAGCGCUCGGUCGUCACAUUGCGUAUAACCUUUACCAGCGUACGUUCCACCCAGAUCUCGCACAGCUUCUUCAGGAAACAAUGGGAGGCGCAAAGUACAAACGUCGUCUCACUAUUAACCACGUGGAAGAGCAAACGUUGUCGAUGUCCUUGGAUGACGUCCAUGCAACCAGUUACUUGACCGAUUUCGGCCACACUGAUGCCGAGAUUGUCAAGGCUCAGCACCAUGAACAGCAGCGAAACUAG